AUGACUAAGCCUAUUAUGUCUAAAGUGAAUAACAAGUUUGAAUCUCUAGAAGCUUUUGAGAACACUGCUCAAUUAGCAGCAAAAAAUCAGAGAUUUGCCUUUUCAAAAAAAGAUAGUAAUCUUACUAGACACAAUAAAAAAUUCCUUUUUGUUGUUCUACAAUGCACUAAAGGUGAAGAUGGCACAACUAUUGGAAUAUUACAAAGAAGACUUAUAAGAGAAAGAAAAAGACUAGAUAUAAGGAUUUUCUUGUGCUUAUCAAAAGUCUUUAUAUCUGACAGAGACCAAGCAUUAAGAAAUGCCUUAUCUAAAGUAUUUUUAAUAUUAGAUAAAAUAUUGUGUUUGGCAUCUUUUGGAACAAAACUUAAAAGUCAAUUGUUGAAAACUUUUAAAACUGAUAAUAAAUAUGAGGUAUUCAAGAAGAAGUUUGAAGCUUUACAGUUUACAAAAAUUGAAGAAGAGAUUUCUUAG